GUUCUCAAACUUUCACAUUACAUUGCCAACAUGAGUCCCGAACCUAUCGUUACUAUCAAACAAGGUGUUCUUAAAGGACAAACCGAGAAAACUAAAAGUGGAGUAGAAUUUAAUUCGUUUUUGGGCAUCCCUUAUGCCCAACCGCCUAUUGGAGAACUUAGAUUUAAAGCUCCACAACCACCGAAACCAUGGCAAGGUAUAAGACAAGCCACGAAGGAAGGAAACAUUUGUUAUCACAAAGAUGUCCUCUUCGAAUUAACGACUGGAUCUGAAGAUUGUCUUUAUUUAAACGUAUUUACACCGAAACUGCCAAAUGUACCAAAUACGGAAAAAGGUUUGCCAGUAAUGGUAUGGUUUCACGGUGGUGGAUUUAUGUCUGGUUCUGGAAGAAGAGAUUUUUAUGGACCAGAGUUUAUGAUCGAUAAAGGUAUCGUUUUGGUCACCAUGAAUUUUAGAUUGGGAUCACUCGGUUUCCUCAACCUCAAAGACACGAGCCUCGGUGUGCUAGGAAAUGCGGCCUUAAAAGAUCAAAAUAUGGCAUUGAAGUGGGUGCAGAUGAAUAUUGCCCAAUUCGGUGGCGACCCAAACAAUGUUACAAUUUUUGGCGAAAGUUCAGGUUCAGCUUCAGUUUGCUUCCAUAUAGUUUCACCGAUGGGAAAGGGUUUGUUUCAUAAGGCAAUUAUGCAGAGUGGAGUUGCAAGUUGUGUUUGGGCAGAAGGUAGAAUGGAUUCUGCAUACAAAUUGCUGGAGAAAUUAGGAAAGAAAGCAGACAAUGAUACACAUGCACUUAAACUGUUGCAAGCAGCACCAGUCGAGGAUCUUAUCAAUGCUCAACUAAAAGUACCAGAUAUUUGGAAGCCGUCUUACUUGCGGCCAUUCUGUCCUGUGAUAGAGAAGCAUGAUAAAACAGAAGAACUCUUUUUGCCGGAUUACCCAAUUAAUUUACUAAAAGCAGGAAAAUACAACAAAGUUCCAAUCAUUAUUGGGGCAACUUCCGGCGAGGGUUUGAUAAUAAAAGCGCUUGAACUAAGACUAAAGACUAACUUCACUCCAAAGAACGACGCAGACUUUGUUCCACAUAAUUUUAGAUUGCAGGAAAAUCCUGACAAAUGUGCUCAAAUUGGUCAGCAAAUUAGAGAAUUUUAUUACGGUGACCAAGACCCACUUUAUUCUGCCAAAUCAAUAUUGUACGAUUAUAACACAGAUGCCUAUUUUGUCCGCGCAAUUUUAGAUGUGGCGGAGACAAUUAUGAGAACUUCCAAGGAAAAAGUGUUUAUGUACCAGUUUUGUCUUAAAACAAAGUUAAAUAUGUUUUCAAGUUUAGUUGGCGCUACUGGCAAAGGUACUUGUCACGUUGACGAUUUGUAUUAUUUGUUCAAGAGCGAAUUGACACCUGAUGUUGCGCCCAACAGUAUCGAGGAAAACGGAGUCCAGAGAAUGACCAAGUGGUGGACGAAUUUUGCAAAGUAUUCUGAUCCAAACGGCCUCGGAAAUGACCCAUUACUCUCUGUUAAGUGGAUCAAUUCUAAUCACAACGAAAUGCAAUAUUUGGAAAUUGAUAAAAAUAUUCGACUCAAAUCUGAUUACCAUAAAAAAUAUAAUGAUUUUUGGAAGUCUAUUGAAAGCACUUUAUAAUAUUCAUAGCACUGUAAAUGUUCUGACUCUUAGUAAAAACUAAAUAAAUUAUAUAACCAA